CCCACUUUGGCGAGAAAAGUGAACAGGGUGGUGAGUGCUUAAUGCUGGCAAACAUGGACUGUGGUCUCCGAACGCAGCUUCCCGAGUGGUCAAAUUCGGAAUUGGACCCCGGCACUUCAAUUGCUUGCAGCACAAUGAAAAGAAGAAAAAUACUAUAAAAAAGAAGGAAAAAAAAAACCAAAACUUUUUACCUGGGAAGCGUUCUCGCGAAUCGUGAUCCCUCAUCACACAUUCACACACACCCCUCGUUCACCAUGGAGCUAUCCGUGCCCUUCAGAUUCCGAUCACGGAACCUCCUCUCACCCUUUGCGCGCACACCCACCAGCCACCCUUUUAUGCAUCAACCACCCUUUUCAACCAAGGUCACCAACAAACCCAAGAUUAGUACUCUAACGGUGAGAGCACUGAGAAAGGAACCUAUUGAAGGGGUGAGUGAAGAGUUGAACGCUAUAGCUCGUUACAACCUUGACUUUGCUUACACUCGAAGAAGGGUCCGCGCUGCUUUCGCUGAGCUGCAGCAGCAACUGGAUCAUUGUUUGUUCAAGAAUGCUCCUGCUGGGAUCAAAACUGAAGAAUGGUACGAGAGGAAUUCAAGGGGAUUGGAAAUUUUCUGCAAAAGCUGGAUGCCAAAGCCUGGUAUUCCCAUCAAGGCCUCUGUGUGUUUCUGUCAUGGAUAUGGUGAUACUUGCACAUUCUUCUUUGAAGGUAUUGCCAGGAGAAUUGCCGCAUCUGGGUAUGGUGUCUUUGCAAUGGACUAUCCAGGUUUUGGUCUUUCAGAAGGAUUGCAUGGUUAUAUACCAAACUUUGACGAUCUGGUUGAUGAUGUUGUAGAGCAUUAUACAAAAAUUAAAGCAAGGCCUGAUCUGAGAGACUUGCCUCGAUUUAUAUUAGGACAGUCGAUGGGUGGAGCAGUUUCUCUUAAAGUUCAUUUGAAGGAGCCAAAUAGUUGGGAUGGAAUGAUACUCGUAGCACCAAUGUGUAAAAUUGCAGAUGACGUGUUACCAUCAGAUGCUGUUAUGAAGGUUUUAACUGUGGUGUCUAAAGUGAUGCCAAAAGCAAAACUCUUCCCAAACCAAGAUCUAGCCGAGCUGGCCUUCAGGGAACCGAGCAAAAGAAAAUUGGCUGUUUACAAUGUUAUUUGUUAUGAUGAUAAUCCACGGCUGAGAACUGGCAUGGAACUUUUAAGGGCUACAAAAGAAAUUGAAUCACAAGUAUACAAGGUCUCAGCGCCAUUAUUAGUUCUUCAUGGAGCAGAAGAUAAGGUGACUGACCCAUUAGUGAGCCAAUUUCUUUAUGAGAAAGCAUCCAGCAAAGAUAAGACUUUAAAACUCUAUGAAGGUGGUUACCACUGCAUUUUGGAAGGGGAACCUGAUGACAGAAUAUUUGCCGUACAUGAUGACAUUGUCUCGUGGCUUGAUUUUAGGUGUUCAAUCAAAUGAGGUCUAUCCAUGGAUUAUUGCCCCGACCUUCCUGUCCUCUCACUGAUAGAGCCAUAAUAUUUUCAAGGAUUAAAUAUAGUUUUGGUCCUAUAAAAUUUCAGAUUUCUGAUUUUAAUCCUUGAAUUUAUUUUUUGUCCAUUUUUAUUUUUUGUUUUUUGUCAUCAAUAUCAGACCCUAGGAAAGACAAGGGGCAAAAUUUCAUUC